CUCCACCUCUUUUCUUAUCGCCAUCAAUCUUACUGAACCACUGAAACAAGCAUACGAACAGUCUUUCAUUUCUUGAAUUUGCAUUUGAUAGGCUGGAUCUAUCAUUGAUCAGUUAAGCCUAAUUGGAGAAUGGCAACCAACCAAUUUGCAGCUUUGACUGGUGCCCAAUCACAAAAUGGUUCAGCUUUUAAUGGUGGCGGCGGCGGCGGAAAGAAUAAUGGUAGAAGACCUAGAACUGGCGGAGUGGCAGGUGCAACUUUGAAAAGAGCAGGACUGGUUGAUGAAGAUUUAGGAAUGCGUGACGUAAGCUCAGCAGGUCCAAGUAGAGCACAAAGAGGAAGAGGUCAAGCAAGAGAAGGAAAUAAAACAAGAAGUGGCGGAAACCAAUCUUCUCAAAAAGCACGAUUGAGAGCCAAUCCGAUGGGUGCUAGACCUGGCGGAUCACAAGAUCCAAUGGUCACUGGCCAGGCUUUCGGCAUUCGUGGUGCAGGUAGAGGAGGCAAAGGAAAAGGCCCAAUGCCAGUAUCAGAUUUGAUCAAGAACGGAAACGGUAAAAGGGGAAGAGUUCCUGGCGGAGGUGGAAACAGUGGGGAUUCUCUUUUGACUCGGAUGAACAAUUCCGGAGGAUCUUCGACAACUCAACAUACCACUGGAAAAACUGUCUCUACGCUAAAAGCAUUUUUGAAUUCAAGAUUCAAUGUUGACGCACAAUUUUUGAACCUGGAAGCGAUGUCAUCCGAUCAGAUACUGCUGAAAGAAGACAUCAAAGCACCAGGCACAGCGGGAGCUCACAAGGAUAUAGGAAGUGUGAUGUGGAAAUUGAGCAGAGAAAUGUUUCCCAAUCUUAUCACAGUUUCUUUGGCGAGGAACGACCUCAAAUCACUUAUUCCGGUGACCACUCUUCCAGAGUUUCUACCCAAUUUGAAGAAUCUUUCGCUGCAAAAUAAUGACAUCAAAUGGGUAAAGGAUCUAUCAUUCCAUCACGUGAACUCACGAGCAACAGCAAAGUUCAAACAGUUACAAGAACUGAUUUUAACCGAUAAUCCCGUACACGAUAAUGCCGUAUCGGCUGGUAAUGAGCAAGGAUACCGAGCAGAAAUUUUGGCACGCUUUCCAACUCUGACCAUGCUGGAUCAGAAGCCUGUUUCGCAAACCGAGCAUGGCUUUGCCCAAUUACCUGGAUCGUCAGCCUCAAAGAAAGAUCAAGUUGGAAUCGCACAAGGAGCUGCAAAUGCAGGAGUAGAGUUGCGAGAAUUCCCAUUGUCAAUACCAAACGGCAACUUUGUCGAUGAACACGCAGAAUCUAUCGUACCGCCCUUUUUGGCAAAAUACUUUGAGCUGUUCGACAAUGAUCGAUCGUCACUUCGAUCGGCGUAUUCUAAUGAUGCAACGUUUACGAUUGUUACCUCCCCCGCCGUACCGCCAAGGGCAAGAUGGCAAAAUUAUAUCAACACGAUGCCGAGACAGCGCGAUCUGCAAUGGAAAGCGUACAAGGAGAUCGUGAGCCACAAUAUCAUGCAAUUAGGCGUAAGACCGGCCAAUAAAGGAUUUCCUCGUGGACAAGGUGCAAUCGUAGGCACAUUCAACAAAUUACCUAAAACCACGCAUCCGUUGACUGAUCCGGCAAAGUUUGCAUUUGAUGCUUGGUUAUUGCCCAAUAAUCAAAUCAAUGCAACAAUGUCUUCAGCAGAUGGACAAUCUACCAAACCGGAUGCUUUAUUGUUUAUCAGUGUCCAUGGCGAAUUUGCAGAAGCGCCAUCACAAGGUGUGCGUUCGUUCUCUCGUUGUUUUGUUGUUGCACCUGUUUUGCCUGGGUCUACGGCGGCUAAUCUAGGUUGGCCAUGUGUGAUCAUCUCGGAUCAACUGACUGUCAGACAAUAUGCAGGUACAGCUGCAUGGAAUAAAGGUGCCAGUGGAAAUACUGCAGCACCGGCUACGGGUUCUCAGCAGCAACAACAACAGCAACAACCAGGUAAUGUUCCAGCACACCUGCAAAACAUUCAACCUGCUGCUGGUCUUUCGGCUGAACAACAUUCGAUGUCCAUUCAACUAGCAACGCAGACCGGCUUGACAUAUCCGUUUGCCGUUCAAUGUUUGAAUGAGAACGCCUGGAAUGCACAAUUAGCAUUUGAACGUUUUCAAGCCCUCAAGGCGAAUGGCUCAAUUCCACCUCAAGCCUUUGCCACAGUAUCAUAAAUGAAAACGGAACCUAACGAUACGCCUUUAUACUCAUAAUCAAUGAAACCUAAAUGUAUCACUAAUUGUAGCAAAACGU